GGUUCCCCAAGUGGGGGCCUGGGCCGAGCCGUCGCCUAGCAACGCCCCGCCCCGCCCCCUGGGCGGCCUCGGGCGCCUGCCCCCAGCAUGGCCUGGCGAGGCUGGCCUUCGUCGUGGCUGUGGGUCGCCAGCUGCGGGCUGCUGCUCCUGGUCCUCGUCCUGCUUGUGAGCCCCAGCAGCUGCCGAGCGCGGCGGACCCUCCGCAGCCUGUUCAUGGCGCGUAGCCAGCGGCUGCUCUUCCGAAUCGGGUACAGCCUGUACACCCGCACCUGGCUCGGGUACCUCUUCUACCGCCAGCAGCUGCGCAGGGCUCGGAAUCGCUACCCCAAAGGCCACUCCAGAACCCAGCCCCGCCUCUUCAAUGGAGUGAAGGUGCUUCCUAUCCCCGUCCUCUCAGACAACUACAGCUACCUCAUCAUCGACACCCAGGCCCGGCUGGCUGUGGCUGUGGACCCUUCAGACCCUCAGGCCGUACAGGCUUCCAUUGAAAAGGAGGGCGUUAACUUGGUUGCCAUUCUCUGCACCCACAAGCACUGGGACCACAGUGGAGGGAACCGUGACCUCAGCCGGCGGCACCAGGACUGUCGGGUGUAUGGGAGCCCUCAGGACGGCAUCCCCUACCUCACCCAUCCCCUAUGUCAUCAAGAUGUGGUUAGUGUGGGACGGCUUCAGAUCCAGGCUCUGGCCACCCCUGGCCAUACACAAGGCCAUCUGGUCUACCUGCUGGAUGGGGAGCCCUAUAAGGGUCCCUCCUGCCUCUUCUCAGGGGACCUGCUCUUCCUCUCUGGCUGUGGACGGACCUUUGAGGGCACCGCAGAGACCAUGCUGAGCUCACUGGACACCGUGCUGGGGCUGGGGGACGACACUCUGCUGUGGCCUGGCCACGAGUACGCGGAGGAGAACCUGGGCUUUGCAGGCAUGGUGGAGCCCGAGAACCUGGCCCGGGAGAGGAAGAUGCAGUGGGUGCAGAGGCAGCGGAUGGAACGCAGGAGCACGUGCCCGUCCACCCUGGGAGAGGAGCGCUCCUAUAACCCGUUCCUGAGGACGCACUGCCUGGUGCUGCAGGAGGCUCUGGGGCCAGGCCCAGGCCCCACGGGAGACAACGGCUACUCCCGGGCCCAGCUCCUGGAGAAGCUCCGCCAGCUGAAGGACCUACACAAGAGCAAGUGACCCCGCCGCAGCCCAGCCUAGCCCCCCCACCGUGGUGGGGAAGCCACCCAUCAUGGCCCACACCACACCUUCCCUCUCACUGCUUCCACCACCACCUCCAUCAGCCCGUCAAGCAGGCACCACUCCCCGACCCGGGUCGGGGGAGAGGAGGGACAAGGCGAUGAGACCCUGAAACCGAGAGGAAGGGGGCUGACCGAAGGCUUGGAGACUCCGUGGGGUGAGGCUGAGUCAUUGAGGGCAGAGCUAAUCGGGAGCCUCCCCUCCUCCCUUCCCCUGUUCCUGUGAUGGCAGCGAGGAUGAGGAGGCCUCGCUCUCACUGUAGCCUCUGAACUCAGGGCAGCAGGAGCCAUGAACAGGUUGAGUCCAUCUUCCCCCUCCUCCCAUCCAGGGUUGGGAAAGAAACUCACUCCCUCAAAGUGGCCUGAGGUGUGGUGCCUUGGAAAAGUGGUCACUCAGAGGGGCACCUGGGCUCUGGUUUACUGAGAGUCUGCCCCUCCUCCCCCAGCCUCCCUGCUCCGCCUCCACCCAGCCCCCAUGAAGGCAUUUUUCAAACAGAGCCAUUUCUGAGAAAGAGGAAAGGGCUGGAAGCCUGGCUGUGGACAAUCUCUGCCUCGGUGACUCCCCUACUGCCUGGAAGGCGGAGGAUCCUGGUUGCCAAGGAAACUUGACCUCAGGCUGAGGAGACACCAGGAGGCUGGGAUUGCAGCCCCACAGUCUUGUAGGUCACACAUGCUCCCUGCACAGCUGGCCUGGUCCUGCCCGCUGGCCUCUGCCCCUGCCCUGGGCCAACAGGGCCCCUCCUCCCCAGGGGACCAGAGAGCCAUCGUCCACCAGGGCCACUGUGGUUUUCUCAUUAUGGCCCGUAUUCUUAGGAACUCCUGCUUUAUCCUCAACCCUUUCCUCUUUUAGUUAGUAAAGCCAUUCAUCUGGCCCUUCACAGUUGGCCAAAGACACUCCCAGGUCAUUUCUCAUUUGGCCCUUGGCCCCAUCAUGGUGGGAGCAGGGGAUCUGCGCAGCAGAGAGCGGAAAUCAGAAGUCCGGGAGCGGACAGCUCUCAAAUGAGUGGCAGCUUCCAGGACCCCAAGCCUGGGCCCUUCCCCUCUGUUCAGCCCUCCCUCAGCUCAGCUCCUCCUCUGGCCUUGGGUCCAGUCCCUUUGGGGCUGCAGUGAGGACUCCGAUGGUCCUCAAGCAGGCGUGACUUGGGUCAGCCAGGAGCCUUCUCUUCGUGGGUGGAAGCCUUCCUUCCCUCGGGCUCUGCUCUCCUCUGGGGCGCCUCCGAGAUGUCUCCUGCUCUCAGUUUCUCCUCAUCAUCCUGCCUCUGCCUUCCUCUCCAGCCACAGCCUCUGGAACCAACUUCAGCAAUACCGCCAGAAUAGAGCUCCCCGCCCCUCAAGACAUGCAGUUCAUGCCUCUGUGCCUUCGCUCAUGCUGUUUCUUCAUAAUGGAAUGCCUUUACCCUGCUCCUCCUGCCUUGUCUGCCUGGCAAACACCUAUUCGUCUCUCACAAUCCCCCUCAAAGGCCGCCUCCUCCAGGAAGACCACCCCCGUACCCCUCCCCCUCCAGGCUACCUCUCCUCUUUGUAAAUGCUUCGGUUGUGGCACUUAUCAUACUGUAUUUUAGUUGUUUACAUGUUUGUCUCCCCUUCUAGACUGUGAACCCUUCAGGGCAUGGACUGUAUCUUAUGCAUCUCUGUAUUUCUGCGCCUAGCACGGUGCCUGGCACACAGUAGGCGCUCAAUAAAUGUUGAAUGAAUGAAUGAUUUAA